GGUUAACGUCGCAACAAUCGUCGGCCAAACGCAACGGCAGUUGAUAAAGAAAACGUAGUAGAAAUUGUAUAAACAGUAAAUUACGCGUACUCCUGAAGCGAUAUUUAGAUAGCAAAAAAGCGAAGUAAAGAGUUAAUCGAUAGAUCGGAUCUAUACCAACACAGAGAAACUCCAAAAACGUGAAUGCGUCAGUGUAUGCAAAAAAGCGCACACAAAGAAAGCGCAAAGAGGUUUUUAAUAAGCAAAUCUUGUACAAACGAUCGCAAAAUGUGCUUAUAAAAUAUAGAGAAUAAAAAGUGCUAAGAAGACAUAGCAGGCAAAUCUAACGACGAACAAAUUAUAUUUCGUAAACAAACAUUAAAUUCGCCAACAACAAAUAGAAUACGCGCUCUAACCUCAAAAUGGUUUCGCACUAUUACAAUUCGCUGCCCUAUUCGCAAAAGCAUAACGCCAACUUGGCCUACGCCACAGCGGCUGCAGCGGGCCAGCCCUGGAAUUGGACCACCAACUAUCAUACGCCACCCAAUCAUCAGUUUCUCGGCGAAGUGGAUUCGCCGCAUGCUGCUCAUCAUGCCGCUCAUCAAAUGUACUACAAUCCGCACAUGUUUCACUCGGCGGCGGCUGCGGCGAGCGAAUGGCAUUCGCCGGCCUCCAAUUCAACGACAGCGACGGGUGAGAAUUUCGCCCAAAAUGUCGCCCAUCCGCUGAUGCAGCAGCAUCAUCCGCACAUUAACAGUGGAUUGCCCAGCGGCGGCUCCAGCAGCUCUGCCAGUUCGGGGAGCAGCAGCUCUGCUCCAGCUGCUGGCGUCACGCAAUUGAACGAGCCCAAUGAUGCGGUUGUCCAUGCACAACAGCAGCAACAACAGCAGCAGCAGCAACAACAACAACARCAUCAACAUAUUGCCGAGGGUUUGCCUUCGCCACCGAUCACCGUUUCGGGCAGCGAAAUAUCGAGUCCAGGUGCUCCCACCUCUGCCUCAUCGCCGCAUCAUUUGGCCCAUCAUUUAAGCAGCAGCAACAACAACAACAGCCCCUCUACGCAUAACAACAACAACAACAGUGUGACGGCCAACAACAACAACCAUCGCACAUCGCCAGCGAAGACGCAAUAUUACGAAUGGAUGAAGAAACCAUCAUAUCCAUCGCAACCCCAGCCUGGCAAAACGCGUACUAAGGACAAAUAUCGUGUGGUCUACACAGACUUCCAGCGACUCGAGCUGGAGAAGGAGUACUGUACGUCGCGAUACAUAACCAUACGGCGUAAGAGUGAGCUGGCCCAAUCGCUGUCGCUGUCGGAGCGUCAGGUGAAGAUCUGGUUCCAGAAUCGACGCGCCAAGGAGCGCAAGCAGAACAAGAAGGGCAGCGAUUCAGGUGUGAUGCAGCAUUCGGAGUACAGUCAGCUGCUGGAUGCGAAAGCCAAGCUGGAACCGGGCCUGCACUUGCAGCACCCGCUGCACAGCAUGAAUCCCAUGGCUGCCAUGAAUAUAUCCGCAAUGCGCUUGCACUCACAUCCUCACCUGACCGCUCACACUCAUUCGCUGGCGGUGGCUGCCCAUUCCCAUCAGCUGCAGCACAGCAGCCAGAUGUCCGCUGCAGCGGUGGGUGUGGGCGUGAGCACACUAUCAAUGUGACCUGAUUAUGAGGCAGGUGAUGAGGUGCAUGGCUACCAGAAUGGGAGCAGCUAUCUAAUGGAGCAGCAGCUACAGCAACAGCAGCAGCAACAGCUGGAGACCAGCUAUGCAACGUGUUCCAGUGAGCUGGCUUAGCUUCUAGUUAUAGAAAAGUGGGCGUGGCAAGCAGUUAGACUGCUUCUACAGCUUGAUAAAGAUAAGGAGAAGGGGUGGGAGGUGGAGUAGGAGGCGGCGGCGCCUUUGAAUAUUGCACGUUGUUAAUUUUUGUGAUUGUAUAUUCGCAGCGUUCAACGCACGCCUCCACGCCUUCAACGGCCACGCCCACAGCCAGGCAGCAAACAAGAGAAAUUUAUAUUAAUUAAAUAAGCACUUGAAGAAAACCUUAUGUUCAAUUAAUUAUAUAUCAUAUAUAUAAAUGUAUAUGU